UCACCUGUUCUUCCAGCCCCACCCUGAGACCAGGCAGCCUGAGAUUUUAAGCAGCAUGUGAUUCAUGUGAACUGGCAUUUCAGCCUUGCCAUCCUCAAGAUUUUUUUAUUUUAGUACGAGGACUCAGAAACAUUCUCUCUAGUUUUGGAAGCCUUUUUAAGGAGCGAAACCCAGAUUUAACAUUUAAGUAAUCUGUCUCACCCAGCUCCACAUGGCCUCUGCCUGGUCUGAAGAGGAGACCUUUGUCUGCUCGGUAUGUUUGGACACCCUGAAGGACCCAGCCACUCUGCCUUGUGGACACACAUACUGCUUGGCCUGUAUCCAGAGCCACUGGGACAAGAAAGACAGCAAAGGUGAGUGCAGCUGUCCUCAAUGCAGGCAGGUCUUCAAACCUCGGCCCUCGCUGGCAAAGAGCACAGUGCUGGUAGAGGCCAUGGAGAAACUGAGAACCAACAGCUUCAAACAGAGCCCCUCCUCAGCCCCGCCGUCCAUGCCAGUCUACAUGGAAGUUCUGCCUGCUACAGUGCAGAGACAGGGCAGCAUUUACCCUCAAAUUCCCUCUGUGGAGCCAAGACCCUGCCCCCAACACAACCAACCCAUGGACCUGUUCUGCCGUGAUGACAAAGAGUGUGUGUGUAAGGAGUGCUGCCAGCAUGGACAUAAAGGACACCAAGUGCUGAAACCAGAGGAGGAAAGGAGGGAGAGACAGGUAUGUACUAGAGUCAAAAAUCCUUGUUAGUGCUGUUUUGUUUGAGUUUUUCUCUGUCUUGUUUAUCUUGCAAAAUACGGCAGGUGUAUCAAGAGCUGUUUUCACAGGUACAGCAUUUCCACAAUGUAGCUGAACUUGAAGUACUUGUAAAACAACCACCUUUACUCUGCUUUCCUGUUAUAUGAAUAAAAGUGUUGUUAAUUCUUUAAAGGGACAUUCAAGCAGAAAUAUUCUCUGACAUUAUAAAUAUCUCAAUAUGUUUGUUAUGUCCCUUUUUUUUCUUUUUUUCUGUCCUAUGAAAUGAAUUAUGUUUGUGUGUGUCCAGAAAGAGUUAGUCCAGAUGCAGGCAGACACACAGAAGAAGAUCCAGGAAACUAAAAAACAGCUCAAUGUGCUCCCACACACUGCCCGCCAACACAAGGUAAACAAUCACGCCCCUCAUUAUGUUUACUCACAUGUCAAAUAGAGACUGUCGUAUUUCAGCAAGACAAUGACGAACCACAUUCUGCAGGGAUUACAACAGCAUGGCUCUGUAGUAGAAGAGUCCUGCUGAGAAACUGGCCUGCCUGCAGUGCUAACUUGUCUGAGCAACAUCUCACGAAAAACUGACAAAGCAGCUAAAAUCCUCUAUCAGGGAACAACAUUUAACUUUCCAAACUCCAGAAACUUGUUUCUUGGGUUCACAUAUUUUUACAGAGUGUUGGUAAAAGAUAAGCUGGUGAAUCACAAUGGGAAACAUCCCUGUAAAAACCUUUUAGAAAGAUGCAUUAAAUAAUGUACAAACCAUCAGAUUCUGUUUUACACAGUUUUCUAACUCCUAUGGAAUUAAAGUUGUAGUAUUUCCUCACCUCACUUCUUUCUUACUCUUUCUCUCCAGGCCUUGGUUCAGGCUCUUGAGCAGGAGAGCUCAGAUCUGUUCUCUGAGCUUGUCAAGAAAGUGAACCAAACGGGUAUCCACAUAGGGGAGCUCCUCGGCACCUAUGAGGCCUCUUUGGGGAGUCAGGUGGAGGGGAAGGUCAACAGACUGGAGCAGGAGGCCGUACAGCUGCGCUGGAAGAGUGAGGAGCUGAGCAGGCUGGCCGGCAUGCAGGACCACGUCUGCUUCCUGAAGGUAUGCAGUACAGCUGGGAACAGCUUUUAAUGAAAACAUUAAAAAAAUUAUUGUGAUAAUGAGAGAUGAGUUUUUCCUAAAGAAUUUCUUCACCAUGGAGCCACCGGGUCAGACUGGUUCCACAGGAGAGCCAAUAACAAGUCUGGAGAAAGUGGAAGUAUCGACCAUCCGCUCGGUCCUGAAAGAGCUGCAAGAGGCAAUCCAGGAGCAAUGCAAAGGAAGCCUGACCAGGAUCUGCACGUUAUGUUAGUAUUCCUCUUAUAACUUCUUCCUCUCAUCAACUUUUCUUCUCUAGUAAAUCAAAACUUUCUCUCUUUGUGCAGUGAAUCAGGACCCAGAGGCUGCAGCAGCCAAUGGCACGGACACAAACACAGAAACAGAAACAGAAACAGAAACAGCAGCAGCAGCAGCAGCAGCAGCAGCAGGUACAGCUGAUGGAGGCGGACAGUCCAGUGCAAAAAAUGCAGGUAUAGAGUAAAUGAAAUCAGUGUUAGACAAGCACAAAAGAGUCAAACUGAUAUUUUAUUCUUGGUGAAAACCAAAAACAGGAUUGUGAGAUUGUAAAACUCUUUUAUUGUUGUCUUUUAGUCUAUGAGAUGAUAUCAGAGCCUCCACCUUUACCUCCUCCACGACCUCAAGUUGAGUCACUUUGGGAAUUUCAUUUCUUGCACAGUCAUGGUACAUGAAUCAAACACUGAUUUGCUGAUUUAAGCACCACUCCGCGUUAACAUUUAUAUUUCGCUGGUUUAUUCUCACCCCUCAGGCCACCAGCCAUCAUCCAAAUCUCAAUCUGAGCGUCCCGGGAGUCUCCAUGGUAAGAAACAGAGCUGACUACAGAACAUCAAAACACACAGAGUCAGCGUGAGUUUUUAAAUAUGUCUUUUCUCUCUCUGGAUUUGAAGCUUCUGCUCCCCCACCACCCUACUGUCCUCCUCAACCACAAGGUAAAAACAAAACCUGACAAAGUGCCUCCAUGCAUCAGGGUUAUGUGUGAAACUUCAUUCAAACACUCUGUUCUACUUGAUUUUCCCUUUUUAGCUCCUCCUCCAACAAAACUGGGACUUGCUAAUCCAGACCCAAAGACCAGAGCAGAAUUACUGAAAUGUGAGUCUAUGAUUUCCUACAUAAGACUUUAGAUCUUAGUGUGAACUCUUUAAGGCGGUCUGCAGUACAAAUCUGAUCACAUCCUCUCCUUACAGUCCGCUUUGAACCCACCAUGGACCCAAACACAGCAUAUCGCCACAUCCAGCUGUCCGAUGAAGGUCAUAAGGCCGCGCUACGGGCUGAGAACCUGAACCCUCCAGACCAUCCUGAGCGCUUUGACUUCUGGAGACAGGUCCUCUGCAGGGAGCCACUGGCUGGGAGUCCAUACUACUGGGAGGUGGAGUGGACUGGCCAGAAGGUGAGGACAUGGGAUAUGUUGAUUCUGUUACUUGUUUCAUAUGUCAAACCAGUAGGAUCUGUAGGAUUUCCCUCUUUGACUGUCUCAUUUGCUUCUUUCACUUGCUCAGGUCACCAUUGGCGUUGCCAACAAGGAAAUGGAUCGUAAAGGUUCAGACGACAAAAGCCGCCUGGGCCACAAUAACCAGUCCUGGAGCUUGUACUGGUCUGGAACUGGCUUCUCCUUCUGGCACGACAGCAAAGAAAAACUCCUGGGUUCACCAAAAGCCAGACGUAUCGGGGUCUACCUGGACCAGCACGCAGGGAUUCUGGCUUUUUACCGCAUCUCUCACAACCAGGCUGAUCUCAUUCAUCGGUAUCAGACCCAGUUUGCCGGCCCACUGUACCCUGGGUUCAGGUUCUGGGCAGGAGUCAGGUCAGAAGUUUCUGUCUGCUCAUUGGAUUGA